AUGCACUUUCUCUCACGCGCACUCUAUCUCGCGCGCUCUCGCUCUCUCUUCCACUCACUGCGAGCUUCUUCUGCAUUCUCUGCACUCUCCGAGACUCUGCAAUGGCAACGGAAAUUUUUAGUAAGCAGACAACCAUCGAUCUGAGAAAGAAGCACAUUGGUCCCUCCUGUAAGGUUUUCUUCAGCCAUGACCCCAUCAAGAUCGUCCGAGCCAGGGGUCAGUACAUGUACAAUGAAAAAGGCGAGCAGUACCUGGACUGCAUCAACAAUGUCGCCCAUGUGGGUCACAGCCACCCAGAAGUCGUCCAUGCUGGAGUGAAGCAGAUGGAGCUCUUGAACACUAACUCACGCUUCCUCCAUGACAACCUUGUCCAAUACGCACAACGUCUCCAAGCCACGCUGCCUGAACAGCUCUCAGUCUGCUACUUUACCAACUCAGGCUCUGAGGCCAAUGACCUGGCCUUAAGAUUAGCUUGGCAGUACACUGGCCACAAAGACAUCAUCACGCUGGACAAUGCCUAUCAUGGUCAUCUGUCAUCACUCAUUGAUAUCAGUCCCUACAAGUUUCACCAGCUGGGACAGUGUGAGCAAAGCCAACAUGUGCAUGUGGCUCCAAGUCCAGACAUCUACAGAGGGAAAUACAGGGAAGAUCACGCAGACCCUACUACUGCUUAUGCAGAUGAAGUUAAAGACAUCAUUGAAAAAGCUCAUGCAAAAGGACAUAAGAUUGCUGCUUUCAUUGCUGAGUCACUGCAGAGUUGUGGAGGGCAGGUCAUUCCUCCAGUGGGCUACUUCCAGAAAGUGGCACAACAUGUGAGAAAGGCUGGGGGCGUCUUUAUUGCUGAUGAGGUUCAGGUUGGCUUUGGAAGGGUAGGCACUAAUUUCUGGGCCUUCCAGCUGCAAGGGGAAGACUUUAUACCUGACAUUGUCACUAUGGGCAAACCGAUUGGGAACGGACAUCCAAUGUCCUGUGUGGUGACCACCAGAGCGGUGGCUGAAGGCUUCAUGUCAUCUGGAAUGGAGUACUUUAACACAUUUGCUGGCAAUCCUGUAUCCUGUGCUAUUGGGCUAGCUGUACUGGAUGUGAUUGAGAAAGAGGAUCUCCAAGGCAAUGCCCUUCGAGUAGGGAGAUACCUUACGGACUUACUGGAGAAACUGAAACAGAGACAUCCUUUAGUGGGAGACGUCAGAGGUUGUGGCCUUUUCAUUGGGGUGGAGCUGGUGAAAGAUCGGUUUAAAAGAACCCCUGCAACAGCUGAAGCUCAGGAUGUCAUAUAUAGACUGAAAGAUCAGCGGGUUUUAUUAAGUGCAGAUGGACCACACCGUAACAUCUUGAAGUUUAAACCACCUCUGUGCUUCUCCAGAGAGGAUGCUGACUUGGCAGUUGAAAAAAUUGAACACAUUCUAACAGACCUUGAGAAGGUUUUGGGCCUCAAUACUUCUGACACUACGGACCCUGUAAAUGCACAAAGCAAGCGCAAGGAGUCAGUCAAGGAAAAUGGCCAUGGUAUUCAUUCAGGUGGCAUCAGUGGCAACCGUCACAUAACUAAGACUAACAAAAGACAAAGAACAUAACGAACAUAACAUUAUAUUAUAUAUCUGUCCAAAGUCCAACCCCAGGGCAGCCUGUUGCUUCUCUCUUAAAAUGUAUGAAAUUUUUCCAUUCACCUGAGAGUGGCAGCAGACUGUGUUAAUACAGUUAGCUUAAUUGCUAACUGUAUUUUUUCUCUGACUACACCUGCAAAUUAAUUUACUGAAUGAUAUUUAAUCAUGGUUACACACAAAAAGUGCAAAAUUAACAGUGAGAAGGAGUGAUAUCAAAUGAGCUGGAAACAAGAAUACUUUUUCACAGGGAGCCAUAGCAAAUGUGUGCCUCAUCAAGAGCCUGUUGGAGUAAUUAUGGAAUUUAAUAUGAUGAGACAUUCUGAAACAAAUCACGAGCAAUGCAAAAGAUGAGGAUGAGAGAGCAGAGAAACACAGAAUGGGGCACAGAACAUUACCAGAGCUAAUAGGUAGCAAUGCUUCCAACCACUAAGCAUGGACAAACUUUCAUUAAUUCUUGAAAGUCCUUAAUUAAAGUAGUCAAUGUAAUUUGUCCUAAAAAAGUAACAUGAAAGUAUAAAUAUAAUUUUGCAUGUCACAACCACAGCUGUCAGGUUAUACCAUGCUGCAGUUAUUCCAUGAAAAUGAAAUUCACUAUAUAUAAUAUUAUAUAUAUAUAAUAAUAUUUUGGUGACACCAUAUUUUGAUGUGGGAAGUCUAAUCUGGCCCCCUUUGAAAAAAGUCUGGACAGCCCUGAACAUAUAUUAAUUAUACAUUAACAUAAAAUAGGAAACGUAUGGAUCAAGAUCAAUCUUCUGAUAUUAAUUUCCAUGUUUUAAUGGAUUUAUAAUGUGCCCCAUGAUCUAAAAGUAAAGCGGGUGCUAUUUUACAUAUAAUUGCUCACAAUUGUUCUUUUUCAUGAGGGAAUGGAAGUGGCACUAAAUAUUAUUAAUUUCAUUAACUAAUUUAAUGAAGCAAUGUCAGGUGGAAAUGAGAUUCAAAACCAUGUUGAAUUUAGAGGGGUUUCAUCCACAUACAAUAUGCUAAGUGCAAAAAUAUUUUUAACCACAUAAGUGUACAAAUUUUUAAAAAAUGAAAUUCAUAAUCUAACAUGUUAUGUAAAGAUUGAAUUGGAUGCCUACAUCAGCAUCAGGCAGUAAUGAUGGGCUGAAAGUGCAGUUUUGCAAUUCUACAAAAUAAAAAAUAAAAAACAGGAAAUAGCAGGGGCAAAGUGCUAAAAGGCAACCUAAUCAACUGUGCAAAGUUCACAUUGUUCUUUUAAAUGUAAACAUUACACUGAUGUAUUAGGCAAGUGUACUCCUCUGCACACACUCUCUGAACACAGCCGCUGGUGCGUAAGCUGUUGACAUGAACACACACUGAACUGAGUGCACUCAGCUCUUUCAGCAUGACCUCAUAUGAUCAGAACAGCUUGUGAAACACUGGCCUAUGCAGCUGUAAUAGAGUGGAAAGGACCUUAAAAUGUCCUGCAUGAAGGCCAAUCAUGGUUGUACUUAGUUAUCACAAAAUGUUAGUAAAAACAUUGCCUAUAGUUUUAGAUUCUUUUAUUCUAAUUGUGUGCAAGAUAAAAAUGACUAAUAAAGUAUUUGUGUUAUUUUGUAGUGAUUAAGUAAAAAAAACAAAAACAUCUCAAAUAUAGGAAAAUGUAUCUAAUUUUGAAAUUAUGGUUAAAGCAAUAGAUAGUAUGAGUAGACCUUUUUCUAGUCAUUUUAAAAGUGUCUUAUUCUGUAGGCAAAAUGAUUUUGCUUAUUUAAAGCAUCUUUAGAUUAUAAGCAAAAUUAUCUGCAAUCAUCUUCCUUGAGUGCAGGGCUGGUUCUAGACAUAUGGAGGCCCCCCACACCCCACACAGUGACUUAGUAAUUAGUACAUUCGCCUCAUACCGCUGUUCCUCCCCGAGUGCAAAGACAUGCAUGGUAGGCUGAUUGACAUAUCCAAAAGCCAAAGUAUCCGUAGUGUAUGAAUUGGUGUGUGAAUGUGUAUGUGAGUGUGCCCUGCAAUGGACUGGCACCCCGUCCAGGGUGUACCCCGCCUUGUGCCCCAUGCCUCCUGGGAUAGGCUCCAGGUUCCCCGCAACCCAGUAAGGAUAAGCGGUAUAGAAAAUGGAUGGAUGGAUGGAUGGAUGGAUGGAUGGAUGGAUGGCCCCCCAUACCACUCCCCUCCACCUUUCAGAAUAAAUAAAAAGCACUUGAAACAAAUAUGAUAUGUAAUCUUUUUAUUUAUACAACAUCUGUAUUAAUAUUUGUAUAUUUGUACUUAUAUGGCCAUAUUAAUUAAACUUUAACCAAGGUAAACACUAAAAAAAAGAAUUAAAGAAUGAAAGAUCA